AUGCCUUGCAGGUUUGGCUUUUGCGUUUUUACAGACUCUCUGGCCCUCUGUGUUCUCCUAGCCCUGAUGCCCGAGACCUCCGCCGUGCCUGUGUUUGAUGGGCGUCACCCUCGCCCUCGCCGGCUACUACAUGCUCCUGAACAACCGGCGUCAAGGCCUCCGCGCUGGUGGGCUCUGUGCUCCUACUGGCUGACCUGUUCAUCUUCGCAUGGACCGCCAUCCCGCUCACUAGAUCCCACCCUCUUCCCUUGCACGGCAGGCAAGAGAAUAAUGGCUCUGUGCCCGCGUCGACGGGUGCACUACCGGCGCCGUGAUAAGACCAACAACAGGCUGGGGAUUUCAGCAUCCCGCCCGGUUUCCGGCAUGUAUAGCAUAGACUGUGGUGGGGAUGCGACUGACAAGAUCGGCUGGUCAACUUCACAUAUACUAGAAGAGCGAAAGACAGGGAUCUGGUAA